UCUGCGCAUCCUGAUCAGCCACAAGCACAACGAAAACCUGAUCGCGAUUCUGAGAUUCCAAUUCAACCCAGUCAAACCUCUCAUUCCUCUGACACUUCUUGUUGUUGUGGUGAUGUUCAUGAAACUCGGAAGACGCCGUCCUCGUCUCCCGAACGAAAUCAAGAAAAACCCAUCAGAAGGCGUCGACGUCCCGUUGACGCUAAGGCCCGAAAAGCUGCCCUUGAUCAUUGUGUGGCAUUGACGCGGAAACGUGACUUUGCCAAUUACCUUGGUACACUGCUGAUGCCGGCCGAAGUACAGCCAGCCGUAUUUGCGGACUGCUAUGAAGUGGAAUUGUGA